UGGCUUGUUGCUUGUGUUUUGGUCCCGGUCGGAAAAUGAAGCUCCAAGACAAUUCUGAUAAGAUAUCCAUACGUCACCAGGCUAACCAGCCAUCCUCCUCUUCUGCCCAACCAGCUGCAACAGCAGCAAUAGCUUCGUCAAGUUCACAAACAGUAGUGCAAGAUUCUGCUAGAUACAGAUGUCAGAUUUUCUCAUACCGAGAACUCGCCAUUGCGACUAACAGCUUCAGGGAAGAAUCUUUGAUCGGAAGAGGUGGAUUCGGAGCUGUGUAUAAAGGAAGGCUAAACAAUGGAAAGAACAUAGCUGUUAAAGUGCUUGAUCAGUCUGGUGUUCAAGGAGACAAAGAGUUUCUUGUGGAAGUCCUAAUGCUCUCUCUCUUGCACCACCAAAACCUCGUGCAUUUGUUCGGUUAUUGCGCUGAAGGCGAUCAAAGACUCCUUGUCUAUGAAUACAUGCCUCUUGGAUCUGUAGAAGAUCAUCUUUACGAUCUUAGCGAUGGUCAAGAGGCUUUAGAUUGGAACACAAGGAUGCAGAUAGCCCUAGGAGCGGCUAAAGGUGGACGCAAAGCUCUUUUGCCAACAUCCGAAUGCGUUGGUAAUCAAAGUCGCUAUCUUGUGCAUUGGGCACGAACAUUGUGGGUGGAUGGCAAAAUAAUGCAGAUUGUAGAUCCAAUGUUAUUAACAAAAGGCGGUCUCUCGAGUAUCGUUGUUUAUAGAAGUAUUGAAGUGGCUAUGAAGUGUCUAACGGAAGAAGCAAACGCUAGACCAUUGAUCAGCGAGGUCGUGGACUCUCUAAGAUAUAUCGUUGAUCACAGAAUGAGGAAAGAAAGGAGCAGGCUUAGACGAGAAGGAAAUAUGGAUGGGGCGGGGACAUCGAGCUCACCGGAUGAGACGAGAAGGUUGUUUAAUGUUAGAGAAGAAGGAGAAAGUCCUGAAGAAGCUAUUGAGAGAAGGAGACUAGUCGUGGAUGAUGCUCUUACUUGGGCCGGCGUGAAUCGGCCGAGAGGGACUACGCCACCAACGCCGAGUCCAUGAAAGUGAAGAAACUUUUUUAUUUAAUUGUUUUUCAAGUUAUAUUUGGUUCAGUUUGUUGUUGGUCAUUUGGUGAGACUAUUGUUAGAAAAUAACUUUUAUUAAACAUUUAUAGAUAGU